ACCAGGGACGGCCCCUAUCGCGUAAACCCAAAUUGACACCCAUGUGGUAUGCUCAUUAACAUAAUAUCUCGCGGUGCAGAUCUCGAUUGGUCUUUGGUACUUUUUACAAGAGCUGCUAUUCUGCUGACGGCAUUGCUUCUUAUAUCAUGCCCAUCUUCCAUCCCCUUUUCUUCGAAAUAAAAGAGUUAAGACUUGUCUUGGCUGUCAACUGAGCGUUUCCAUUCAUGAGUCAAUAUGCAACCUUCAGAAAUCAUUGCCAUCCUGGCAGGCACUUACACCCUUCUCAACACAUCAGCAACCCGCGAUGGCGUGCCUGUAGACGACCCGACUUACGGUUCAAACCCCGUCGGCAUCCUCACAUACAGCAGAACCGGCUUCAUGUCGGCCACCCUCACAUCUACGAACCCCGAACAUCGCCCAGCGAGCCUCACAUUUCCCUUCGAGGAAGGCCAGUCAGACGCGGAGUGGGCCUUGGUCGGCAAGCAUAGCAUCGGGUACGCCGGGCCAUUCUCGAUUAGUGGCGAUAUCCCUGCAUCCGCUACCGACGGCCAGGUUUUCCAUGGCCCAUUGACGGUUGCAAACGUCCCGGCCAUGGUUGGUGCCGUUCACAGACGUAACUACACAACAUUUGAGAAUAGAACGCUGCUGCGUAUCACGUCGCAGAGGGAUGGGUCAAAUCGAGGAGAGCUUUGGUGGAAAAGGCUAGAUUAAUAUCCAAAUAUCCAAAUAUCUGAUGUGCUG